GAAGGCAGUUAAGGUUACUUGCUUGUGUGUUUCUAUAUACAUGUAUACAUACAUCGAUACCUACUCAAAACAAAAUACACGACUAAUCCUCGAUUAGUUCGCAUUUCAGAUCUCCAAAAUAGUCAAUCAAAAUCCAACAUUUCAUCAUCACAAUAAUCAUGCCAUCCAGCCCUCUCUCUCACCCUCUCCCCCAAACCAUCAAAGCGCUCCUCCAACCCGAUAUCCACAGCCCCAAACUAAUCCUCGCCACGAUUCCCACCCCCGUCGCCACUCCCGGAACCACCGAACAUCUCAUCCAUGUACGCUCCACCUCUCCUUGCGCAGGCGAACUAACCUGGACCGCCAACAUCUCCGCCUACGCCUCUCUCCUCCCCACACUCUCCCCCUCCUCCGUAACUGCAAAACUGCAAAUCCCCUGCUACGACCUCUCAGGAACCGUUGUUACCGCGCCUCCCAACUCGCCUUUUCCUCCCGGCACAGAAAUAUACACUCGUACUUCUUUCGCGCGAUCGGGAAACGCACGCGCCUACACCAUCGCGCUCACUUCCGAACUCGCCCGCAAACCGAGUAAUCUCUCCUGGGAAGAAGCAGCCAGUGUACCACUGAGUGCAUUUACGGCAUGGCAGGCACUGUAUUUACAUGGCGGCAUGCGCUGCGUGUACGCGCUCGAUGCGAAGAUAGAGAAUGAGGGGAGGACGGUGCUGAUUAAUGCGGCGUCUGGAGGGGUGGGUACGCUGCUAGUGCAGUUUGCGAAGGCGGGGGGGAUCGGAGAGGUGAUUGGGGUUUGUUCUGCGGGGAAUGCGGAGAUGGUUAGGGGGCUUGGGGCGGAUGAAGUGCUGGAUUAUGGGAGGGAGGGGGUGGAGGCGUGGGGGAAGAGGACGCGGAGGAAGGUGGAUCUGGUGGUGGAUUUACUGGGAGGGGAGAGUCUAGCGCAGGCUUGGAAGGUGGUGAAGAAGGGGGGGAGGGUGGUUAGUAUUAAGGAGGAUCCGAACGCGAGGAAGCCGGCGGAUGGGGUGGCGGAUGAUGUGGAGGGGAAGUUUUUUGUCAUGGAGCCCGAAGGUUGGCAAUUGGAGGAAACUGCUAAGUUAAUUGAGAAGGGCCAGGUGAAACCUACGGUUGAUAGUGUGUGGCCAUUGAGAGAUUUUGAAAAGGCCUUUGCUAUUGUUGAGGGAGGUCAUGCACGAGGGAAAGUUAUAAUUAAUGUUAGCGAGUGAAGGGGGAGAGAUGGAUGAGAGCUCUCUGGGAUUGGAAAGAUAUUUGGAUUUGUAUACGCAUAGGGAUAAUACGGGAAAUGUAUUAGUUAUUGCCACAUUUCUAUUUGAAUAUUAACUGGACACUCACCUCACGAUGUAAAUCAUCUGAAGAAGAAGAAUAGAUUAUACAGCGAGGAGAAACAUCAAUACCUGAUCAAAUGCUCAAUCA